AUGAAUGGCAUGGCUGUGCAGCUUGUUGCUACUGGAGGCAAGGCUGAGCUGCACUUCAAGGCACUGGAAGCAGUGGAAGUUCUGUUUCAGGGAUACUCCUUCAGGCGGAUUCUUAAUUUUGACAGUGUCUUUCCCGUGGAGGAAAGAAGAUACAACAAGGACGGACAGAGGGCAGGUGGCAUACUAUACUAUCACCCAGAUUACUUUGGAAAAGUUGAUAUGAGACAUUUCCAGUUAACGAGGAACCAGAGAUUCUGCCCAACUGUCAACCUUGAUAAACUGUGGACCUUAGUCAGUGAGCAGACACGAGUAAAUGCCGCCAAAAACAGGACUGGAGCUGCCCCUAUCAUUGAUGUGGUGCGAUCGGGCCACUUCAAAGUUUUGGGAAAGGGGAAAUUCCCAAAACAGCCUGUCAUCUUGAAGGCCAAAUUCUGCAAUAGAAGAGCAGAGGAGAGGAUCAAGGGUGUCGGGAGUGCCUGUGUUCUAGUAGCUUGA